GUGGCAAGGGGUAGGGGGUGUGAAAAGGAAAGUGGGAUAGCGUGUUAUAAGGAGUUAGCGGUGGCUGGCAGUAGUAGAAUCAUAUAAAUACGAUAUCGGCGUCUCGUUAGGUUGUUGUGUUCUGGAUUUUUGUUACCUUACAUCUCUCUUACCUCAUUUAACUAUUUUCUCUUUCUUUCUUCUCUAAAACCUCAAACCGUAACACAGCUACACAUAGCUUUCGUAUUUCUAACGUAACUCCUUAUUCCUCUCUCUCUUUCCCUAAUUCCGCCAUCACUGUGCCCAAUUCCAUUUCUCCUCGCCCCAAUUCGGGGAAUUAGGGUUUCGCCCCCACUCAUCGAUGCGCCACCGUCGCUAGGGUUUUGCGAUGGCGGAAUUGGAGGAGGACCGGAUGGGGGAUUUCAAGCCCUUCUCGGAGGGCUCUUCGUGUUCGCGCUCGAUCAGCGAAACGGUGAAUGGGUCGCACCAAUUCACGAUAAAGGGGUACUCUCUCGCAAAGGGGAUGGGUGCUGGGAAGUACAUCAUGAGCGACACAUUUAGCGUCGGUGGUUACGAUUGGGCAAUUUACUUCUACCCUGACGGGAAGAACCCCGAGGACAAUUCCAUGUACGUAUCGGUCUUCAUAGCUCUCGCAAGCGAUGGAACUGACGUUAGGGCUCUGUUCAAGUUGACGCUGGUGGAUCAGAGUGAGAAGGGGAACGAUAAGGUUCAUAGCCAUUUCGAUAGGCCUCUUGAUGGUGGACCGUACACCUUGAAGUAUAGAGGCAGCAUGUGGGGUUACAAGCGUUUCUUCAGAAGAACUCUACUGGAAACUUCGGAGUAUCUAAAAGAUGAUUGCCUUGUCAUGCAUUGCACUGUUGGUGUUGUCAAAACUCGUUUUGAGGGAUCUAAACAGGGUGUUAUUGUGCCACUGUCAGACAUGGGCCGAAAUUUUAAGGACUUGCUGGACUCAGAGGUUUGUUGCGACAUAGUUUUCAAGGUUAAAAGCGAGAGCUUCAAAGCUCAUAAGUUAAUACUUGCGGCACGAUCUCCUGUGUUUAGAGCACAGUUUUUUGGACUUGUUGGGGAUCCUAGCUUAGAGGAAGUAGUGGUAGAGGAUAUCGAGCCUUUUAUCUUCAAGGCAAUGCUUCUCUUCAUUUAUUCCGACAAACUUCCUGACAUCUAUGAAGUAAUGGACUCAAUGAAUGUCUGCUCAUAUGCUGUCAUGGUGCAGCAUCUCCUGGCUGCUGCUGAUCUUUAUAAUCUUGAUCGGCUCAAACUUCUUUGUGAAUCAAAAUUGUGUGAAGAAAUCAAUACUGACAAUGUAGCCACCACACUUGCCCUGGCAGAGCAACACCACUGUCCACAGCUGAAGGCAAUCUGUUUGAAAUUUAUUGCAAAUCCAGCAAAUUUAGGAGAAACUAUUGCAAUUGAGCAUCUUGGGAUAGUAACGAAGGGAAAUAAGGAUAUUUGUCAGUUAUAGGGGAGUCACUGAAGCAUUGACAACUUUGCCACGAUUUAUUAAGAAAUAUGAUAUUUUAUCUGUAUGGAAACGGCUUCUUUGCAUGUGCAAGGGUAAGGCUGCAUGUAGUGACCCUGAUUAGCUUUUAUUUUAAAAACUGCAUUUGUUUUGGAUAGUAGACAUCAUUAACACUUUGAUGUGUCUUGUGUUAUCAAGGAGGAAUGUAUUUUAGUGGGUUAUGGUUUAUGUUGUGUUCUUCUAAUGAUAACCCAAGAGGUUUGUUACUUUGUUUGGUAAUUGUGAAUUCCUUCUUUCCCUAUUUGUAAUAUAUAUAAUGACAUUAAAAAAAAAGAUUUCUUUUUAAUGUAAGCUCUGUUUUAAAUUUUAUUUUUAUUUCUUUUAACAUUUUAGAAGAUUUCUUCCACAUGCUCCAUUGUUAUAUCUGUUGAAGAUAGAGGAAAAGAAAGAUAUGAAUAUAAGGGAACAGUAGAAGUAAACCUUGGUAGUUAGUUACAUUGAAAAGGGAUAUGAUCUUCUGGUCUGCCCUCACCCACGUGUGCAUGGACAUGAAAUACAUUAUUUUUAGGUGUAUUGUUCAUGAAACGUACGUUUUAUCCCUUUAAUAUUCUAAAAGAAAUUUCCUUAAUCUUUGGUGCUCUCCUGUACUCUGUAGUUUGUUAAGUCAUUCUGUUUAUUUAUUACCCCGUCAUUUUUCACAUUUGUUUACAUUUUACACUUAAUUUAAAUUUGUAACCCCCCUCCCCUCUCUCUCCACUCACAUGGACAAUUUUGUUUUUGUUCCCUGUCACUUUUUUAAAUAAUUGUAAUUUUUUUUUAUAAUUUAAAUUUAACGUGUUUGAUCGUUUUUGUUAGCUGUUUCUUUUUUUACCUCGUGUCUUAUGACUAAUCAGAUGUCCUUACAUUUUUCUUCUUUACUCUCUGUUAAUUGAUGUUAGGAUAAAUGGAACUGGUGGUGUGUCCAUUUUCCAUAUUUUGUUAUUUUGUUUAUUGACUCGAUUUCAAGUAGUUGGUUUGUGAAAUGAAUUGUCAUAGUGUGAUUCAGUUUGUUGUACUAGUGAAAAUAA